UAGUCUUGAAGGAAAAAAAGAAAAACAGAAAACGAACCUGUUUUUACUCGACUGUCGUUGGCUACAGUCUUUGAGCAGAUUCAGAAGAAAAAAAAGAGUUUUCUUCUCAUCGCAGAGAACCAUAACUAGUUUCAUUUCCUAAUCGGGUAAUGAAUAGAGUAGAUGGAAACCCUUCAACUGAAAAAAGCAACCCAAUUUCGACGAAACCAUCAUCUAAUUCAAUCCCUGGACAAGGAUAAUGUUGUGGUUGUUAUUUGAACCUGUUUGUGUUCUUUCCAACUAAUUAAUUUAGAACUUGUAGGAGAAUAAAAAUAAUUCAGCAACAUUAGUUGGCAAUAUGUUGACACCUGGAUUGUCAUUUUUUGGUAUUGGGGGUUCAAACAAGGUUAAGAAUUCGUCAGAGGAAAAAAGCGAACUUGCACCAACAAUCAAACUACAAACAGAUAAAGAUGUUUAUAGGCCUGGUGAUUCCUUUUUUGUUACUAUUGAGAUAACCAACCCCAGUAAUGGCACCUCAGAGAGUGGUCUAUGUUCACUCUUAAUUGAAAAGCUUGGGUUUGAGAUUAAAGGUAUUGAGAAAUUGGAUCCUCAGUGGUUUUCUACUCAGAAGCCGUUGCCUGGAUCUAGACAGCGGAGAGGUGAACAUGUUUUUAUGGACUGCUCAACAUCAUCAAUGGUUUCUAAUCAGAUUUUGUCCUCUGGGGCCACAAAAACAUAUGUGUUGCGAACUGUGCUGCCUAGCAUUAUACCACCAUCUUAUCGUGGUGCUACCAUUCGGUAUCUUUACUAUUUUAAGGGUACAUUAUCUGGACGAUGGCUUAUAUUGGAGAAUGGCCACUCUCACACUGAGUCAUCAAAAGAUGUCAUUGAACUGGAAGCUCGUGUUCCAUUGCAAGUAUGGGCAACUCAAAAGAGCAAUGGCCUGCUAAUGGAAGAAGGGAUUGUUCCUGCUACAACCCUCCAACUGGAUGUAUACUGGAAAGCAAUGGAUGGAGAUUCUGAAUGGGCUAGAGCAAACUAUAUAGACAAUGGAGUUGAGGAAGGUUAUGACAGUUCCAGAGAUGAAAUCUCAUCUGUUUCUUCCUACAAUCCUACUAAAGAAAGCAUACACAAGACCUUUGGAAGUUCCUUGUCCUUGCAAUCAUUUGGAGCUAGGUCUUCAAAUGUGGAUGCUUCACAUAUUGAAGGAGGACGUACAAGUUUAUCAAUUCUAGCACCUCCUCGGCUAUCUGUGGCUGAGGUUCUAUAUGCUUCUGGUGCAGAUGUUUCAUCACCUGACAAGUCAGCAUCUAUCAUCUCUUCAAGCCAGCAGCAAAAGAUUGUGAAACCUCAUUCUGAAGAUAGUAUUGUUGGGGAACCCUCUCCACGUGGCGUAGGAAUCAGCGAACCAGCAACAUCAGAAGGCUUUAUUCGAGGAAAGUCUUACAACAUCAGGAUGGAUGAUCAAGUUCUGUUGAGAUUUUCCCCAAAGAAUUCUGACUCUACUUAUUACUUCAGUGACAUGAUUGGCGGAACUCUUACUUUUUUCCAUGAAGAAGGAUCAAGGAGAUGCCUUGAGGUCUCAAUAACACUGGAAACUUCAGAGACCAUAAAUAGGCGUUUUGUUCAUCCUUCUCGCAGGAAUUCCCCAACAAUCACAAGGGUUCAGAGUGAUCAUCAUGAGGUUGUUGCAGAUUUGGUGCAGACCAGCUUUCUUUUUUCUGUACCCACGGAUGGGCCCAUGUCCUUUUCUACUCCACAUGUCUCUGUGCAAUGGGUUCUACGAUUCGAAUUUUUUACCACACCAAAGAAUGUGGACUGGACAAGAUAUGAGCAUCCUCUUCUGGUAGAGGGUAGAGACAAGAGUGACUGGGUUCUCCCCAUAACUGUGCAUGCACCUCCGCCUGGUACUCUAGGAGCGCAUACCCGAGAUGAGAAGCAUUUCUCUUUGGAACCUUUGUGGGUUCGUACUUGAAGGUUUAGGAACUGAUCGUAAAGCAAAAUGAAUGGAAUCCAUCUUGGGGUUUUAUGGCUUAUGAAGAGGAGCCAAGAGUAGCUGGCUUAGCUUCAUUUCCAUUUAAAGGUAAUCUUGCCUUAUUAGCUUAAGCAAAGUCAUCUAAAGAAGAUGUGCAAAUGCUGAGGAAAAAAGGGAUGUCUCCCCAUAUUGGGUCUUAAAACUGCAAGAAGUGCUGACCCAACUUUAAAUUUUGUCACCUAAUAUUGGGAGUAAAUCGGCCUAAGCACAAAUGAUCUUUUAGCACUUGAGCUAUGCAAGUAUGACUGGUAAGAUAUGCAGCAGAAAAUGUAAUCAGUAAAAUUGAUAAUCACUACUGAAUUAAUAGUCAUAAAUCAUGAUGAUUCCAUUAGAAGUUAUUUCUAAAGAUGUAUCGACAACUUUUAUUGGAGGAUUAAGUUACAGUCAGGUGCUGCCUCGUUUUUCAAUGGAUGGAAUUAGAUCUCGUGUUUGUGCACA